AUGCCAACUUGCUUCAACUCACCUCUCGUCUUGUUAGCCGUGUGCAGAACCAGGGAGAGGGGGUCGAUACAUCAUCCGUCCAUGGCUCUCCGGCAUCGGCUGGCGACAGCGGCCUUCUUCGUGGCGUUUGCUCUGGCAAGCCUCGACGUCUCGGUCUGCCUUGUUGUGAAGGGAAAAGUGACCUGCCUUGACUGCAAGCAAGGCCAUGACUUAUCAGGGAUCAAAGUCAUGGUGAAGUGCGAUGGAGUGAAGAAAGCAUCCGUGGCCGCCACAGACGACGACGGCUCCUUUGACAGCGGGGCGGAGGCCUCUUCCAAUGGCGCCACGAACGAAAACGGCGGCUCGACCGCCGCUGCCCCGCUGAACUGCCUAGCCAAGGUUCUCGGAGGUCCCGAACAGCUAUACGCCUCGAGAGAUCACAUGGUCGCCAAGGUCGCGGAGGCGAAGGGCCGCGACGGCGCCGCCUCCUACGCCCUCUCCGCGCCGCUGGCCAUCUCCACGGCAUGCCCGCCGGGCAGGGAGUGCGGGGCCCGCAGCACGGUCGGGUCAUCGCUGACCGUCGAUCUCCCCCUCCCUAGAGAGUGGGGCCUAGCACCAUCCAGCUACUACAUCCCCUUCUACCCCAUCAUUGGCAUACCUUAAAUCAGGGCCAAUCCUACUAAAUCCCCCCGCAUAAUCCAUAGCAGCCC